GUAGCUGCCCGGGAUGUAGUCAGGCAUGAUGAAACGACACUUGAACGUCGAGCAAGAGAGCUCGAUGAAGAGUGUGAGAAUCUGAGGCGCAUCUGCGAUGUUGAAAGGGAGGGAAGAGUGGCGGCAGAAGGGAGGCUCGAAGCGGCGGAAAAGGAGGUGACCACCUUGCAUAAGGAGUGUGAGAAACUCCGAGGAGAGACCGAGCAGUUACCGACAGUAACGGCGAAGCUCGCUGAGUGUAGGAAGGAGCUGGAACGGACUGUAGCGGAGAAG